AGGAGGCGGGUGGUCGCCCGGAGACUCCGCACCUCGGAGUGACGUCCUGCUGCAGUGCCGCUGCCUGCGCUGCCCGAGCUCGUCAAUGGAGCUGGAAAACAUCGUUGCCAACACCGUUUUGCUGAAAGCCAGGGAAGGGGGUGGAGGGAAACGCAAAGGCAAAAGCAAAAAGUGGAAGGAAAUCUUGAAAUUCCCUCACAUUAGCCAGUGUGAAGAUCUCCGAAGAACCAUAGAGAGAGAUUACUGCAGCAUAUGUGAAAAGCAGCCGAUCGGAAGGCUUCUCUUUCGGCAGUUCUGUGAAACUCGACCCGAGCUCGAGUGCUGCAUUAGGUUCCUUGACUCGGUGGCGGAAUAUGAAAUUGCUCCAGAUGAAAAGCUGGGAGAGAAAGGAAAGGAAAUCAUGAUGAAAUACCUCACCCCAGAGUCUCCAGCCUACGUUGCCGAAGUCAGUCAAGACCUUAUCCAGCAGACAGAGGAGAAACUCGAAAACAGCCCCUGCAAAGAGCUAUUCUCCCACUGUACAAAAUCUGUCCUUGACCACCUCAGUGGGGAACCAUUCCAAGAAUACCUAAGCAGCAUGUACUUCGACAGGUUUCUUCAGUGGAAGUGGUUGGAAAGGCAACCAGUAACGAAAAACACGUUUCGGCAGUACAGGGUACUGGGGAAGGGCGGCUUUGGGGAGGUCUGCGCCUGCCAAGUGCGGGCGACGGGGAAGAUGUACGCCUGCAAGAGGUUAGAGAAGAAGAGGAUCAAGAAGAGGAAAGGCGAAUCCAUGGCGCUAAACGAGAAGCAGAUCUUAGAAAAAGUCAAUAGUCAGUUUGUAGUCAAUUUAGCCUAUGCCUAUGAAACAAAGGACGCCCUGUGUUUAGUUCUGACCAUAAUGAACGGAGGUGACCUGAAGUUUCACAUCUACAACAUGGGAAACCCAGGCUUUGAGGAGGAAAGAGCUUUGUUUUAUGCAGCAGAGAUUCUUUGUGGCUUGGAAGACCUGCACAGAGAAAAUACUGUGUACAGAGAUCUGAAGCCAGAAAAUAUCCUGCUGGAUGAUUAUGGCCAUAUCAGAAUAUCUGAUUUGGGUCUAGCUGUUAAAAUCCCCGAGGGUGAAUCAAUCCGUGGAAGAGUAGGGACAGUAGGGUAUAUGGCUCCAGAAGUGUUGAACAACCAGAGAUACACACUCAGCCCUGACUACUGGGGGCUAGGCUGUCUCAUUUAUGAAAUGAUUGCUGGGCAAUCUCCAUUUCGUGGAAGGAAGGAGAAGGUGAAGAGGGAAGAAGUGGACAGGAGGGUGCUGGAGACAGAAGAGGUGUACUCCCACAAGUUUUCUGAGGAGGCCAAGUCCAUCUGUAAAAUGCUCCUCACCAAAGACGUGAAGCAGCGGCUGGGAUGUCAGGGGGAAGGUGCAGCAGAAGUGAAGAGGCACCCCUUCUUCAAGAGCAUGAAUUUCAAGCGGUUAGAAGCAGGAAUGCUGGAUCCUCCCUUUGUCCCUGAUCCCAGAGCAGUGUACUGCAAGGAUGUGUUGGACAUCGAGCAGUUCUCCACAGUGAAAGGAGUUAACCUGGACCAAACAGAUGAUGAUUUCUAUUCCAAGUUUUCCACAGGAUCAGUGUCUAUCCCAUGGCAAAAUGAGAUGAUAGAAACAGAGUGCUUCAAGGAGCUGAAUGUGUUUGGACCAAAUGGUACUAUUUCACCAGACCUAAACAAAAGCUACCCCCCAGAGCCACCCAAGAAAGGAUUGCUACAGAGAAUAUUUAAGCGACAGCAUCAGAACAAUUCAAAGAGCUCUCCAAAUUCAAAGGCCAGUUUAAAUCACCACAUAAAUUCAAAUCACGUGAGUUCAAACUCCACUGGAAGCAGCUAGUUCCAGCUCAGUUUUGUGAAACAACAUGUUGCAUCCUUCCACUAUAAUCUCUGGAGCUUCUGUGGAUGAGAGAGCCUCCACCAUUGAGUGAAAAUAAAAGGGAUCUCCCAAAAUGGAGAUUUUCUAUCCAUUCCUUCCAGUGGAGCCUCGCAUUUUAAGAAGAAUUUUCCACUCAGGUCUGUUUUUGGAGGUGGCACUCAAGACUGUGUGAAUCACAUUUGUCUAUUUAGAACAUUGCAAUAGAAAUUCAAUGAACAUGACUACUUGCACGUAUUUAAAUAGCAUCAUACUAGAACUGAAUUUUGUCUUUAUUAUUUUUAAAGAAAAGUUUUGUAAAUUUCUCUAUUGUCUCAGUUUACAUUUUGUACAUUUGUAUUUAAAUGAAAGUCAGACUUUGGAGGUGUAUAUUUUCCAAGCAGCAGCUGUAAAGCCAUGUGUUUUAAGACAUUUUUUUAAAAGAAACAAAAUGUGACUCAAGACUUCCAGAGCCUCAAAUGAGAAAUCAUUCUUUUUAGCAAUUCUAGAAAAUUCUUCAUAAAUCACUUUAUCAGACUGGGGUUUAAUGACAUGCAUUUUUAUGGAACAGUUUAUUCUUAAUUAUUUUACAUCUGUAUAUUUGGUUUACAGCAACACUGCAUACAUUUCUCCUCUUCAUUAGUUUGUAAUGUCUCGCAUUAAAUGCUAACAGACAAGAUUUUGGUGCAUUCAAGAAUGCUACUUGCCAUGCUGAAGGUUUGUGAUGUCAUGGGACCAGCCCAGCUGAGAUUUGCACUUCCUUCUGUUGUUGUUUCAUCAAGUACUUUUUAGUUAGAAAAGGAGCCCUAUUUGAAGCUCUUCUCCUUCACUAGUUUUUGUGCUGUUUCUAAUGACAGAUAGAACAAAGCUGAGUGAGAGGUGACCCAGAAAGCAAACGUCCAUUUAUUUUUCAAACCUGCACCUGCUGAAAUGAGAGCAAAACUCAAAGUAUAUUCUGUGCUACAGUCAAAUUCCAAGGCCUUUCCACAGUUUCUCAUAUCAAACAGGUAGCAAGAGAGAAGUUCAACAGUCUGGUUUGUGCUGACCCUGGGAUUUGUGAUGACUUAGAGUUGAGCUGUGGAGGUUCAGAGUGGCAGCAGCAGAACCUACAGGCUGUGUCUGCACUUAGAGUCCUUCCAUGUGUCAUGCAAGCACCCCAUGACUCCCCCCUCGAUUAGAUCCUCAGCUGAAUAAAAUAUCAGUUCUGAAAUAGUACCCCCCACUUUUGGUUCCAUCAUCCUUUGUCCAGGUUCCUUUAACCAUUGACAAAAACAUUGUCCCCACUGGUAUAAACAGGACCAGUCAGGAUCAGCAGCAGAACCUCAGGCAUCAGAAUCAUGCUCUUCUCAAGUAUGCCCCUAUCUAUUAUUGGUAAGAACACCAGAGCAAAAAUGUGGUUACUUCCCUUCAGCAGGAAUUGGAAGACCUUUGUCCCCCCAGCUGCAGGCAGGAUCUCUGUAGCCCAGUGUGUUCUGUAAAGCAGGUGGGUUCCCCGUGCUCUUUGCACUGUUGGUUGCACUGUACUGAUGAUUUUACACCUUUGGGUCAUCAGGAACAUCUGAAGCCAGCUGAUGUGUCUAAAACCCUGUUAGCUUGUAGUGCAGCUAUCCCAGGGUACAAGGAAGUUCCAGUGGAACUUUUAAUAGUCAAAAUUCCUUAGACUGUCAGGUGUAUGUUCUAUGUGUCCAGUGCUGAGGGGGAAGAAGAUGCAGGUUAGUAGUGGCAAGUCUCUGAGUGAGAAAGACACUGGAAUACAGAGUAAAGCAGCUUGAGGUCAUGAGGGAGAGAGAAAUGACAGGGGCAGGACUUGCACAAAGCAGCUGGCAGAGAAAAGUUGAGAAAGGGAGAUGAGGCUUGAGCCACUCUGCCAUGGCAGAUGAUGGCAUUGCAGGUCUUACAGAAGAUGCAAGAUUUUAGGCAGGUAGUAAUAGAUGAGAAUUAUAACCAAUUUUAUCUCUCUGAACCAGCUAUAAAUCAAAUCUGUAAUGGUUUCAGCUUCCUGAUGAAGACUGACAUUUUCCUUCUUUACCAUCUAAUAACAACAAAACCCUUACUGAAAGCUGGUGAACAAAUUGCAAAUACAGUUUGGAGCUGACCUUAUACAUCUUAGCUGCCACCAGCAUUAUCUAGUGAUGGAUGACUUCUGAGUGACAACAGUGAAGGACAGCGUUUGUGCCUUGUCCUGCUCUCCUUUCAGCUGGCACAGUUCCUCACUCAGCACCUCUAGGACUCUACCAGUGGAGACACAGGGACAGUGCAAAGUCCUGGAAGGAUGAGAGCUGCAUUCAUUGACUCCUGAUGCUUAGAGGACACUGUGGUAGGAUUAGAUAUCCUGAAUCCUCAAGGUGUGCACCCGAAGGCCUAGGAUGGACUCCCUCUGGAUUCCACCUCCUUGGGAGCAGUGAGUGAGGAAGAGCAGAGACACAAAACAAGAUAAUUGAGGGAGAUUUCGUGCUGCAUCCCUUAAGUGUGUCCAUCCUGAAUGACAAACUAUAAACAGUAUUAUGAUACUGGGGCAGCAGAACUGUUGUGCUUUUUCAGUGCCCAGCAACGAAAGACUUAAUAUUGUACAUCUCUAGUGCUGAUGAACAGUCCUAGAGUUCUCCCUGCCAGGGUUUGCCUACAACAAAACCUGCAGGAUUUCUUUCUUAUAGCCUUUUUUUUUUUUUUUUAAUUAUUCAGCUCACCUUGCACUCAAGACUGGAGUAGGACCACAGUCCUCUCACUUCCACUAUGGUGGAAUUUGCAGGUGCAAUUUGGUUUGAUGGAUUUUCUCUGCCUCCUUUUCAAUUACAAUACAAAUUCUUUCCAAAAAAAUGCAUAUAUUCGGAUCUGGUUGCUUGUUUUAAAUAGACAGAUAAGCAAACUUAGCUCUUUUUAAGAAUCAGAAAUUGUGCAAUCUGAUCCUGAAUUGUGCAAACAUGUUUUUUUAUUUUUAAAUCUUUACUGAGCAGUCAGAUGAACACUAAUUGGUUUACAGGCUUUUGUAAGUCAGGUGUUUGCUAUCCAUUUUCUACAGUGUCUCAAGGUUCACUUGAGUCUUGUAGCAUUUUUUCCCACUCUCUGUUGGAUGGGAGGCUUUUUUUAAACCAAGGGAUAAUGAAGGAAAAAAUAACAAACUCUUGAGUGUGCACCCUUGACCUGGAUUAUCUAAAAAGAGAUAUUUCACAAGCAUGGCCAUGACUCAGAUGUUGUUUCUGAACAAAAAGCUGCUUGUGAAGUUCAGAAAGGUGUGAAGAUAAUCAAGCCAAGCAGGUACUGGAGAUCAAGCUGAGCGUUAGGAAACUGCAGAAUUCAAUAUCACAGUGUCCAUCUGGCCCUACUGAUUAGAGAUUCCUGGUAGCUGGCAGUUCAGAGACAGAACAGCUCUCCGUAAAAACAGUUUAAUACCAUCUCAAUUUGCAGUCAUCCCAGAAACUAUGGCUGAGAGUGCCAUCAGCAGUGGGAAUCAAGCUUGGCUGACCCAGUAAAGCAUCUGAUUUGAAGACGCUGAUUCUUAAGGUCAUUCUCCCAGGCCUCAGGAUCCAGCUUGAAUUCUUUGCUUCAGCUGUCAAAGCCUCACAUGUCAAGUCCAAACUGCUGCAUGUUCUUCCUUGGUUUAUCACCCGUUGGUCACAGUUUCCUCAGUCACCUGAGAACUGCACACACCAGGCCAUGUUACACAUGCAGCCUGGCCUGGGGCUCAGAGACAGGGUUGUCUCUCUGAGGGUCAGAGGGAACAGUUUGAUGAGGCAAGUGAGAACCCCCUCAGCCUGCAUGAACAGCCAUCACAGAGGUCUCUGUUCCCAUGUGUCCCAGCCUCGGUUCCCUGUGCAGGAGUUCCCUGCACAGGCUUUUCUGGAAGAGCAAUAAAUGCCCCUCCUUAUAGCACAGCUGCUUCUUCUCACCAAUCCCCGUGGAACAGGAGGCUGCAGGAACUGGCUUCACUGUGGACAAGAUAUGUGUGUUUUAACCUCUCUCCACAGUUAGUUGUGCUCGUUCUUUUUGUUCAGUUGGUAUUUGCAAUGCUCAAGUUGCUCAGUGUAGGGGAGAUCAUUCAUCAGGCAUUUCUAAGCAUUUCCCUUACAGUCUUUGGAAAGACUGGAUUUUUCUUUCAAGGAACAUCUUUGGGUUGGUCUGUCCCUUGGCAUGUAGUCCAUCUUCCUUCAUGUGUGUAGCAUGAAGCACAAAGUGGCCUGCAGGAGCUUUAGAAGUCCAGACUUAAAGGUUUUCCUUCCUAGUCUGGGUCAGGCUGUGGGGAGGUACAUUUGGCAGGGAAGUUUGGGAGAAUCUGUUCAACGGCUCCAUGAAAAACAGGAGAUUCCAGAGUUGUCUAUCUCAUGCCUUUCACAAAUAUGCCCUGACACUGAAAAUGCUACUAAUUAUUUAGAGUAAAAAAAAUGACUAACACCCUCAUGCUAAAGCUGAGAGAAAGUCUGCAUAAGUUUAAAACAAUUCUUCUCUUUUGUGUGCUGGGCAGGAUACAGUGUCUUUUACACUAAAUAAUAUUACAGUGCUGGCUGGUAAUAAUUGUCUGUCCUUAACUGAAAAGAAAAAAAAAAAAAGAUAAAUAAAUUGCUUUAGAGAAUUUUGAAGUUAUUUCCUUUAAGGAAAAUAAAAAAUUUCAUCAGAGAAGGUGAGAGCCAACAACAUGCUACAGUAUUAUACACUCACCUCUCCCAAACAUCACUAUGAUAACACAAAUACAAGCUGCUGCUGUUGGAUCAGCUAAGCUGGGGUACUGACAAAUGGGCUUCAUGAAAGAAACAAUUUUAAACAGAUUGCUGCCUAUUCACUAUAAUGAAUAUUACUGCUGGCACAUACUCUUCUCCUUGGUUUAUGUACUGGAGCCAGGAGUGAUGGUUUGGGUUCCUAUUCUGCCCAUGUUUUUCUUCACUGCCCUGGGCAAACCUCUGGGCAGUUUUGUUUUCCCACUUUUAAACAGAGAGGGAUGCUCUCUGUCUGUCAGUUGAAAGCACUUUGGAGUCUGUGCAUAAACCAGAUCAAUAUCAACUCUUUGUACUAUUAUUUCAGUGAAAUAGGCUUAGUAUAGCUGCUCUUAUUUACAUGACUGGGGAGAUGACUUUUCUAAAUUAGGGCUCUUUUAUUAUUGGUUUGUCUUAGUUCCUUAGAGACACUGAAAGAGAAAGCACUGCACUUCUGUGAGACAUCUCCAACAGACAAUAAGGUGACAGUGCAAACAAAUGUUAAAAGUAUUAAUUUCUUACUUAAAAGCUGGCCAGUAAUGAUAGCAUUCCCAUGAACACUUCCUCUUUUUUUAGAUAAAUAGUUACGAGGAAGGGAACAAAAUAACAUUCAUUGGUUCAACUUUUUUGGCCGAGGCUGCAAAGGAUUCCCUACAUUACCAGUUGAGUGAGGAUUCCCUGCAUUAGCAGUUGAGUGAGGGGCUGUGUGAAGUCCCAGAGGUGCAUCUGUGGCCAACACUGGGUCAGCUCUGCCCAGCCAUGGAAACAAAAGAGGCAACGUGCCUGGGAUCGGGGGGCUCCGAAGGGGAGCUCCUGGAGAAGAUUCACUGCCAGAGAAGGAACACCUCAGGUGGUGGUUGGAUGGCAAGUGUUCUCCUGUCUCAUCACCCCACCCACAGCUGUCAGAUACGUUGAUUAGCAAGCUCAAACGAGUUGUUUCAUGUGUGUUGGAUGCGGUCUCCCUUAACUGCAUUUCUUUUAAACACUGGACACUCUUCUAAAAGACUGAAGAUUUUAGCCUUUUGAAGGUGAAAGUUGUAAAAACUUUGUUUUGUGUUUCUGAGCAAUGUAGAUAGACCUAAAGAUUUCAUGAACUAUCAUGUGGUUGCCCAUAUCUGACUAAUAAUUAAAUUGUAAAAUUGCAGUUUCAUAUUAGGGUUAGUCUUUUCACCUGCUUUAAAAAUUAAAAAUCAUAUUUGGUAUAUAAACACACACAGAAUAUCCUGAUUCAAUUUCAAGAGCAUAUCCAGGAUUAAAUGUUUUUAAGCACUUCUAAUACUGUAGUCUAUAAGAGGAGCAGACACUUCUAAAGCAAUGUUAAAAGUUGUCUUUCAUAACUGAGUCAACAGAUCAUUUUUGUAAUAAAUUAAAGCAAGUGUUCUCAAUUAGAA